GGAUUUGUUGUGAAGGAUACAUUUGUACCAUACUACCAGAUAUUUUACGACCUUUCAACGUGCUCCGUCAUUUGGACCAAACACGAACUUUUGGGAGGUGCUUUUAAUAAAACAGCUUCUGUUCGGCGAGCCGAUACCGACUUUAAAACAUUUCCUUGCUCGGAUGUGUCAUUCAGAACUGUUUAUACUCAGUCAAAGCAAAACGAGCAAUCUAAUUUAGGAACAAAUCAACAGUACUACUAUCAAAGAGGACACCUUAUGCCGGAUCAGGAUGCUCCCGAUUAUUGGUGGAAGAUGGCAACAUUUUCCUAUGGGAAUGCUGCCCCGGAAUGGAAUACAAUCAACAGCGAAGGAGGAAACUGGCAUAGUUUGGAACGAAUUGUCCACCGGAUGGCAUUAGACACCAAGAAGCGGUACGAAAUCUUCACCGGAGUUCUGCCUGGCAAUCCGCCAAAAUAUCUGGUUCCCGGUGGAAGAAUAUCCAUCCCCAAAUGGUUCUGGAAGGUGAUCAAAUACGAAAGCCAGGGCAUAGUUGUUUUUGUGCUCAAUGAUCCAAAACCCGCCGCGAAAGAUGCCGGGAAAAAAUUCUGCUCAAGCGAUAAAUGUGCUUUAUUAGGUUGGGAAUUUUCCGGAAACAAAUCGAAAGGUUUAGCACAUUGCUGUUCGUAUGAAGGGGAUGUUCGUACGGUUUUACCUAAACAGGCUGCUUUCAGCAAACUGUUGAGUGUAUCCAGUCCUGCAAAAGUCAAAACAAGAGGGAAGAGACCCAGAGCAUAA